AUGUCGGCCGAAGAUGAUUCCUCUGAUCUCUCCUCUUUGUCUUCACUAUCGCCCGCGCCUUCUGAUAUCGAGCUAGAGGAACCGGUCAAAGAGCCCGUUGCCAAAUCCAAAAAGGGUAUUCAGAAAUACUUCUCCAAGGUUAAAGAGCAACCGCCUAAGGAGGCUUCGCCGCCGCCUCGAAAGCGAUCACCUUCACCACCCCACGAAUAUGUGUUGGCAGAUAACCCUGACAUUGCAUUCAUUGUAAUGUUCAGAAGCCGCUUCAGCGAUGCAUUCCCGAAAUCACUUGCCCACUUCGGUCCCCAAGAAAUCGAGCGCGAUGUUGUCGAACCUAUACCUGGUGAUCGAGCCGAACAUUUCCUCUGCGCGUUGCUGGGGUUACUAUUGAAUCGCAAACAAGACGUCAAGCCUGGCCAUUAUGGUCGUGCUUUGGAAGAUGCUAUCAGCUCGCACAAGAACCAAUGGGCGCCUGCCUGGAAGGACAAGAGCCCAUUGUCUGGCGGCGCAACUUUCACGUCAAUGGACCCUACACAACGACUCACGCUCCUGCGAUACCUUGUCCUCUGGACACUUUCGUCGUCCGAAAGCGUCAAAGGUCUCAUCAACCAAUCCUACAAGCAGAACCGACACGAAGACGACAUGAACCAGCCCCGGUCGAUACAGCCAUGGGGAUCCGACGGCGACAAGCGUCGUUACUUUCUUAUUGAAGGGCAGGACGACACAGCUUUCCGUGUCUAUCGAGAAAGCAACCCUGCUGGGACGAAUCGAACAUGGUAUAGCGUGGCUGGCACGAUCGAGGAGCUUAGAGCUCUUGCUGAGAAACUGGAAACCAAAGAUGGUGGACCAAAGGCCAAAAAACUAGCUCAGAAGAUGUACACUGCCAUUCCUCGAUUUGAAGCUGGCGAAGAGAAACGUAAGCGUCGUGAUUAUCGGCAGAUGCGCAAGGAACAGUUUAAACGGCCUGAGCCUGGAUUCUCGCUAUACGAAGGUCGUACUAGGGGUAAAAAGAUGAAGUAUACGUAUUCUGACGAUGAAGAUGUCUUCACAACCGACUCGACCACUCGUCGAUCUACUCGAAACACCGGAACUCAUACUCCCGUCGAAACCGGCCCUCUCACUACCGCCAGCGGCCGACAGAUCAAGGCGCCAACUCGCCUCAACCCCACGACCGGAAGUAGUGCCCCUGGUAGUGUGCAAGGAGACACAUCCGAAGUGGAGAAAGAUACGUCUGUUGGUCCAACUGGACGACCUCGACGAUCAGCGGCAGUGAACCACGGUAAAAGUGGUUGGGCCGAACCCAGGAAGACUUCUCGACGUAACGCCAGUGACGACUCUGACGAAGAAAGUGAGGCCGAAUUUGGGGAUGAUGAAGAAGAUGUCGACGAACACGUAUCUGGGGAAUCAGAAGAUGAGGAUGAGCUUGAUGAGGAUGAAGUCAUGGCGGAUGAUGACCUAGAAGAGCACAACCAAAGCUUGGUUGUGAAGCUCUCAGUCACACCACCCAAAUUGCGGAACGUCCUCGAGUGCAACGCACAGACUGGGAACAAACUACCAACGCCAAGCUCUGAUAAAGCGGCGGAAGAGUCUCGACCUUCGGGGGAGACGGUUGAGAUGGAGGAUGCGCUGGCAGCUACUCCUAGCAAGGAAUCUCAGCCUACAACCCAGCAGUCUCCCAACCCAGAUCCCGACUUGGCUGAACGCCAGAAUUCGACACCGGGAACCAUUCAUGCGACAUCUUUGGCUUUUAGAGGGAGUCCAGAAAAGACACAAACGUAG